AUGGCGGCGCGACGCGACCCGAAGCUGUACCUGCCGAUUUUCUGCUACCACAGCAAGCAGCGCCUGCCCUGCCCGCGCGGCGAGCAGUGCCCGCACGCCCACAACCUGUUUGAGUACUGGCUGCAUCCCGCCAGGUACCGCACCGAGCUCUGCCAGUUUGGCAUGGGCUGCACGCGCCCAGUCUGCUUCUUCGCCCACAACGAGUCGCAGCUGCGCCACACGGGCAUGCCCGGCGGCCCACAGCCCGUCGUCGCGCCCCCAGAGCCCGUCAUGGGCAUCCACGGGGCCGGCGCCGGCGCGACGGGCCCUCCCGGACUUGGCGGAAUGCAGGGCGGAAUGCAGGGCGGGAUGCAUGGCGGGAUGCAAGGCGGGAUGCAGGGGGGGGGCGGCGGCGCGCACCGCGCACUGGCGCAGGACCAGCUGCUGCUGUCAAGCAUCAGCGAGGCUGCUGUCAAGAUGCAGGUGUCGCACGACGCAGCCGGCGGCCCAUCAGGCCCGCUACCCGGACGCGGCGGGGGCGCAGGCAUGCAGGGCCAUGCCAUGUCGGACGUCCUUCCCGUGUUGGGCGGCGGCGCGCCUGGCCGCGCCGCUCGUGGCGGGGGCGGCCCCGCGUUUGGCGCGCACGCGUCGGUGGGCGGCCUCAAGUCUAUGCCACUGCCGCGGCUCGACUGGAGCGGGGCGCCGGCCGGCGCAGGCAGCGGCACUGGUGACGCGGCUGCGGCGGCCGCGCUGCAGCACGCGCUGGUGGCGCAGCACAUGGGGUAUGGGGCCGGCGCCGGGCCCUCAGGCGACCUGACAGGGCUCGAUGCCGCGGGUGCGGCGCUUGCGCUGGCGCAGGCGCAGCUUGCUGCGGCGCAGCAGCAGGCAGCCAGCGGCGCCGGCGGUGGCGGCGGUGUCGCUGCGGGCGAGGGCCGCUCAACAGGCCUGCGGCGCUCUCUUAACGAGGCGGCCACGUUCGUGUCGCGGCCGCCGCCUGCGGCACACCACCAGCCGGUGGACAUGCAAACGCUUUACGCAGCGACGUCGGCGGCGAUGGCCGCCCCCUCGCUGGUCCAGCAGCAGCACCAGGAGCAGCAGCAGCAGGCCCACGAGGCCAGCGGCGCGGCCGACGCAGCCUCGGCGUCGGCGCUUCUCGAACAGCUUCAGCGGCAGCUCGCAGCCAUGCAGUUUGCCGCUGGCGAUGACUCGGCGCCCCUCGGCCUCGCGACGGCGUCGGCACCAGCGCCGCCGCCGGGCCGACCGAACCACAGCGCACCGCUCCUGCCUCUCGGCGCCACCGCCUCGGCCCCCGCCGCUGCGCCGCCGCAGCAGCACGUCGCCGAUGUGGCUGCGCUGACGGCUGCCCUAGCGCAGCAGCAGCAGCAGCAGCAGCAGCAUCUGGCAGCUGCCGUUGCAGCGCAGCGACAGGCAUCACCGGCGCCCUCGGCCCUGGACGCUCAAUUCGCGCUUGGGCGUGGCGGCGCCGGCGCGUCAGCGCCAGCCUCCCCUGGCGCCGCCGCCGCCGGCUCUCCCGUUUCCGCCCCUCUGCUAGGCCUUUCCUUCCCACGCGCCCCAGGCAGCCGCGCGGCGAGCCCGCUGCCCGCCCCGGCUGCGCCCGCGGCCAUGCCCGCGGUCGCGCCCGCGGCUGUGCGGGGCCCCCUGGAGCCUUUGCUGCUGAUUGGGGACGAGGUCGUGACGCUGGACAAGCUGCAGGAGCAGCUGACAGACGCGCCGCCGCGCCGCGCGUCCCCCGGCCGCGACGCGGGCGAGCCCGCGCAGCCACCGCCGCCCAAGGCCGCGCCCCCGGCGGCUGGUGGCGGCGGCGGCGUGAUGGGGCGCGAGGCGGCGGCGCAGCUGCUGGCGCAGAUGCCCGAGAGCGCAGUGCGCGACCUGCUGCGGGUGCUGUCGGCGGGCCAAGCGGUGCUGUCCCAGCAGGCGGCCUGA